AAGUGCGGCGUUCCCCUUGAGGCCCACCCCCGGAAAUCAGAAGCGGGCCCUUGCUGGCGCUGCUGGAUGAACUGAGCUGACGGACGAUCGGCCAGGGCUGGAGGGGUGGCCAGCAUGGCGGCGGGCCCGCGGGGAGUUCAGGCAAAGGUGCUGCAGUACGAAGCUUUCGUCAGCGACGUCCUGCAGCGAGACCUGAGGCAGGUGUUGGCGCAGCGGGAGGAGGUGUACGGCCAACUGGCAGGUUACUUGCAGCUGAAGAACGUCUUGGAGCGGCUCCAGGAAUCGGGGGAGCAGAAGCUGCGCACACAGGUGGAUCUGGGGUGUAACUUCUACGUGAAUGCGGAAGUGCCAGACUCUUCCCGGAUAUUUGUGGCACUUGGCUAUGGCUUCUUCCUGGAACUGACAUUGAUUGAGGCCUUGAGGUUCAUCGACCGUAAGAGCCGCCUGCUCACCUCGCUCAGUGACAGCCUCACCCGAGAUUCUGCCCGGAUCAAGGCCCAUAUCCGACUGGUGCUGGAGGGCCUUGGGGAGUUGCAGGGCCUACAAGAGCUGCCAGAGCAUCCGGGACACUGAGAAGAAUGCUGAGAAUUUCCUUUCCAUGAUAAGACUGCCACUGACGCUCCAACUCUUGUUACUUGAACUCAGAAAACCCUUCAAUAAAAGCUGGGAAUGAGGCUGGGGGGGGGUGGGGAGAGAGAAUCUUUGUUGCCAUGGAGAUGGGGCAUCCUUC